UGGCACCGCUUUAGUGGCAAACGGAAAGUAGAUCGAACAUCGAAGCAAGCUCUCACACUGAAAACAGCCAAGAGAGAGCAACGGAGGCUAGCUCCCAAAAUCCAGUAAACAGAAUUACCGAACCACCUGGAGCUGCAGAUCUGUUCUUCAAUACAAUUAUCAUCUCAACUCUCUCAUUCUAUCGUGUCUAAAACCCUAAAUUUGCAGAUGGCAGACGUAUCGGACGCCGCCGGCGAUCGGAAAGCACCCAAGCUUCCGAUCGAAGGCCAUAGAAACAUUCUGAUUACCAGUGCCCUUCCUUACGUCAACAACGUUCCUCAUCUUGGAAAUAUCAUUGGAUGCGUUUUGAGUGCGGAUGUCUUUGCUCGGUACUGCCGUCUCCGUGGCUAUAAUGCCAUAUAUAUAUGCGGGACCGACGAGUAUGGAACGGCGACUGAGACGAAAGCCAUGGAAGAGAACUGCACUCCUCAGCAGAUUUGUGACAAAUACCAUGCCAUUCAUAGAGAGGUAUAUAAAUGGUUUGACAUAAGUUUUGAUGAGUUUGGGCGAACAUCUACUCCCCAGCAGACUGAAGUUUGCCAAGCAAUUUUCAAGAAGCUUUUGGAGAACAAUUGGCUCUCAGAAAACACCAUGCAGCAGCUGUAUUGUGAUACAUGCAAACGUUUCUUAGCUGACCGGUUUGUGGAGGGUAUCUGCCCCACACCAGCUUGUAACUAUGAAUCUGCACGAGGUGAUCAGUGUGAAAAGUGUGGCAAGAUGUUGAAUCCAACGGAACUAAAGGAUCCUAGAUGCAAGCUCUGUCAGACAACACCACGCAUUCGUGAUACAGACCACUUGUUUCUAGAGCUCCCACUACUAAAGGAUAAAUUGGAAGAGUAUAUUAAUAAAAUGUCAGUGGCUGGAUCAUGGAGCCAGAAUGCUGUUCAAGCUACACAUGCUUGGCUGAAAGAAGGACUAAAACAACGCUGUAUUACAAGGGAUCUUAAGUGGGGGGUUCCUGUUCCACAUGAGAAAUUUAAAGAUAAGGUUUUCUAUGUGUGGUUUGAUGCGCCCAUUGGAUAUGUUUCAAUUUCUAAAUGCUAUACCAAUGAGUGGGAGAAAUGGUGGAAGAAUCCUGAAAAUGUGGAGCUGUAUCAAUUUAUGGGAAAGGAUAAUGUGCCAUUUCAUACUGUAAUGUUCCCUUCUACACUUCUUGGAACUGGUGAAAACUGGACAUUAAUGAAAACAAUCAGUGUUACCGAAUACUUAAACUAUGAAGCAGGAAAGUUCUCCAAAAGCAAGGGAGUGGGAGUUUUUGGUAAUGAUGCAAAAGAUACAAACAUUCCUGUAGAAGUAUGGCGGUAUUACUUACUAACAAAUAGGCCAGAGGUUUCAGACACAUUGUUUACCUGGGUUGACCUGCAAGCGAAACUCAACAGUGAAUUGCUAAACAAUUUGGGCAAUUUUAUAAAUCGAGUGUUGAGCUUCGUCGCCAAGCCUCAAGGCCUAGGAUAUGCUUCUGUCAUUCCAGAUGCUCCAGGUGCAGAAUGCCAUCAGCUAACCAAUACAUUAGCAGAAAAAGUUGGUAAAUUAGUUGAACAGUACGUGGAGGCCAUGGAGAAGGUUAAAUUAAAGCAAGGGCUUAAAAUUGCCAUGAGCAUUUCUAGUGAAGGAAAUGCAUAUCUGCAAGACAGCCAAUUCUGGAAGCUCUACAAAGAUGAUCAAGCUUCCUGUUCCAUUGUUAUGAAAACUUCAAUUGGGCUAGUAUAUCUUCUUGCAUCUUUGUUGGAACCUUUCAUGCCAUCUUUUUCUGCUGAGGUUCUGAAGCAGCUUAACUGUCCUCAAACACAACUUUCACUUUGUGAUGAAAAAGGAGAUGUUGAGAGGGCAAAGAAACCUUGGGAGAUUCUACCUGCAGGUCAUGAGAUAGGGGUGCCUGCGCCACUAUUCAAGGAAUUGAAAGAUGAAGAGGUGCAGUACUUCAGGGAGAGGUUUGCUGGAAGUCAAGCUGAUAGGGUUUUGAAGGCAGCAGAGGCUGAAGCAAAAAAGGUUGCUGAGCAACUGAAGAAAACAAAAAUUUCAGAUGGAAAUGGGAAAAAAAAGCCAAGCAAAUCUACAACUGAAACCAAACCAAAGGCAGCUGCUGAAGCAGAAAUUUCCAUCAGUAGGCUUGAUAUCCGUGUUGGCAUCAUAACAAAGGUUCAGAAACAUCCUGAUGCUGAUUCCCUCUAUGUUGAGGAGAUUGAUGUGGGUGAAGGAUCASCAAGAACUGUUGUUAGUGGACUCGUCAAAUACAUUCCCCUCGAAGAAAUGCAGAAUCGGAAAGUUUGUGUUCUUUGCAAUCUGAAGCCGGCAACCAUGCGGGGUGUUAAAUCACAGGCAAUGGUUCUUGCUGCUUCCAACAGUGAUCACACGAAAGUUGAAUUGGUUGAUCCACCUCAGUCUGCUCCCGUAGGAGAGCGCUUAACAUUUCCAGGAUACGAAGGUGAAGCAGAUGGCGUUCUCAACCCUAAGAAGAAAGUCUGGGAAACAGUACAGGUAGAUCUGCACACUGACAAUGAGCUAGUGGCUCGCUACAAGGAUGUUGCCUUCACCACAUCAGCAGGUGUUUGUAAGGUGGCAUCCAUAUCUGGAGGCUCCAUUCGGUAGAUCCAUGUGCCCGCGCUAUCGACUUCCCCAAUUUUGCCCCUACAACAUUAUUAUUCUUGUUAAAUUCAUCUUGUUUGUUAUUUAUGUUACUUGUUACAAUAGAAGGAAUUUUGAUUUCCCCAAGAAAUUGUAAGUGCUAAUUCCAAGUACAGUGGUGGUCUUUGUUC